GGGCUGCAGAAGCCCCGGGGGAGCAGAGGGUCCUACCUGGAGGCUCGGAAAAACUCCAGUGGGACACCCAACAGCUUUGUAGGGAAGUCCAACCACCACGUCCAUGGUUCAGCCUUUCCCAUCAAACCCGCCCAGAGCCCGGCCUGGAGCUCCUCGUGUCGCCGCAGCCUCCUCAGCCCCAAGAAGACCCCCAGGAGGUUCAUCAGCACAGCUGAGGAGACUGUUCGGGAGGAGGAGCGAGAGAUCUACAGGCAGCUGCUCCAGAUGGUGACAGGAAAACAGUUUUCCACCUCCAAACCCUCUUCCCUCUUCCCCUUCCAUCUCUCCAGAUGUUCCAAUUCCAGCAAAUCCCUGGUGAAAGAAGCUCCCAGCAAGAAUUCCAAGCUCUUUGAAGCUCCCAGUGUCCCACCAGCCCCUUCAGCCACCAGCAUCCUCCCAGCACCUGAGCAGCCACUACACAAACUCCCCCUCUACUCUCCUCCCAGUUACCCCCCCAGUACCUUCCAGUCCAGCAACUCCACAGCCCAGCACCAGCAGGAAAACACACCAGCCUCUUCCACACACUCUGAAGGGUCUGAUUCUGUCAUUUUGCUGAAGGUGAAGGAUUCCAGAACCCCAGCACCAAGCCUCCCCUUCUUCCAGGCAGAGCUGUGGAUCAAAGAGCUGACCAGCGUCUACGACUCCCGCGCCCGCGAGCGGUGGCGGCAGAUCGAGGAGCAGAAGGCCCUGGCCCAGCAGCUGCAGAGCCAGAGGCUGCAGGAGCAGGAACAUUCAGUGCAGGAUCCGGUGGCUUUAAACCUCCGGGUGCCCCUGGAGAGGGAGAUCCCAGUGACGGUGGUUCCUGAGAAGAAGGAGGAGCCCAGCUCGGGGGAGGGGGAGGAGGAGUUCCCGGAGAUCACCGAGGAAAUGGAGAAGGAAAUCAAGAGUGUGUUCCGAGGAGGGAACCAGGACGAGGUUCUCAGCGAAGCUUUUCGCUUGACGAUCACCAGGAAGGACAUUCAGACCCUCAACAACCUCAACUGGCUCAACGAUGAGAUCAUUAACUUCUACAUGAACCUGCUGAUGGAGAGGAGCAAGGAGAAGGGCCUCCCAGCUGUCCACGCCUUCAAUACUUUCUUCUUCACCAAAUUAAAAACAGCAGGAUACCAGGCUGUGAAAAGGUGGACCAAAAAAGUGGACAUCUUCUCUGUGGACCUCCUGCUGGUGCCCAUCCACUUGGGAGUGCAUUGGUGCCUGGCAGUCGUGGACUUCAGGAAAAAAACCAUCACCUAUUAUGACUCCAUGGGUGGGAUCAACAGUGAAGCCUGCAGGGUCCUGCUGCAAUACUUAAAACAGGAGAGUUUGGACAAGAAGAGGAAGGAGUUUGACACCAACGGCUGGUCCUUGCUCAGCAAGAAGAGCCAGGAGAUCCCGCAGCAGAUGAACGGCAGCGACUGCGGGAUGUUCGCCUGCAAAUACGCCGACUGCAUCACCAAAGACAAGCCCAUCAACUUCACCCAGCAACACAUGCCCUACUUCAGGAAGAGGAUGGCCUGGGAGAUCCUGCACAGGAAGCUCUUGUGA